CCUCGUGUGCGCAUGCGUGUUAAGAGUACCUGAACUCGCUGUCGCUCUGAGGAGGACCGGCUGGAGCGUGGCCUCGUCGUGUCGGAGACCGGGAGUUUCGAUUGGAGGGCUGAGGCUGAUAGAGAAUGAAUUGCUUAAACCCUUAUAUAUUCAUGACGAAGAUAACUCAAGAUGUCAGAAGGGACUUCAAGCAAUGAUCCUGGAAAUGCUUCUGGCAUCCGGCCUACGCUUACUAAUGCGAGAGGGCUGCUAGGGAGGAGAACCACUGCCCCAAUUACCCCAGGCCGCUUGCCUUCCAUCCGCUCUCGAGACCUGACCCUUGGUGGAGUAAAAAAGAAAACAUUUGCCCCUAACAUAAUUAGCAGGAAAAUCAAAGAAGAGCCAAAAGAGGAUGUUUCCAUCAAGAAAGAGAAAAAGGAGCGUGAUCGGGACCGGCAGAGAGAUGGCCAUGGGCGAGGCAGAGGGAGGCCAGAAGUCAUCCAGUCUCACUCCAUCUUUGAGCAAGGCCCAGCAGAAAUGAUGAAGAAGAAAGGCACCUGGGAUAAGACUGUCGAUGUAUCUGACUUUGGUCCAUCCCACAUCAUCAACAUAAAGAAAGAGAAAAGAGAGACAGAUGAGGAGACGAAGCAGAUCCUGCGCAUGCUAGAGAAGGAUGAUUUCCUUGAUGACCCUGGCUUAAAAAAUGACAUACGGAACAAACCAGUUCAGCUGCCUCUGGCCCAUUCAGGCUGGCUUUUCAAGGAGGAAGGUGAUGAUCAAGAGGAUGCCAAGCCUUUGACCUCCAGCCCUACGGAGGAGGAGGAGGAGAUGGAAGUAGAUGUAUCUUCAGUGAAAGUGAAAGAGGAGCCGCACGAUGAAGAAGAGCCCCCGGUGGCCCUCAGACCAACUCCUGCAAAGGCACCUCCUCCCUUCCCUCAGGAUGUGUCGGUGGCAGAGCUGCUGCAAAGAUUAAACCUCUGCAAGGAAGAUGAGUUGCUCUUUCUGCAGCUGCCAGAUACGCUGCCGGGCCAGCCACCCACCCAGGACACGAAGCCCAUCAAAACAGAGGUGCAGAAUGAGGAUGGGCAGAUGAUGGUAAUAAAGCAAGAGAAGAACCAGGAAGCCAAGGGAGCAGAGAACACCUGCACCCUGGGGGACCUGUCUGAAGGGCAAGUGGGGAAGUUGCUGAUCCGCAAAUCAGGGAAGGUGCAACUAGUUCUGGGCAGAGUGACUCUUGAUGUGACCACAGGGACUCCCUGCUCCUUCCUUCAGGAACUUGUGUCGGUGGGCAUCGGAGACAAUAGGAGUGGCGAGAUGAUCGUCCUGGGACAUGUGAAGCACAAGCUAGUCUGUGCUCCAGAUUUUGAAUCCCUGCUGGAACAGAAGCAUCGAUAACGAGAGAGUGGGGGGGGGACUGUGCCGGGUUCACUGGAACUUCCUGGAGGUUCGUUAUAAACAACAGUGACUUGGGCUGUCCAGAAGUGUCUAUAUCUUAAGCUGAUGAGCACCGAGGUGUCCCUAAGAAGACUCUCCUAGGAAGAUCAGCUACACUGCAGUGGAGUUGAACGGUGUAACGUCUUGCUGUGUUAGGGCCUCUCAUGGGGUAUGUUCUAAUAGCAGCAGAAACCAAGGGGAGGGGGGGCACAUCUUUCCUCAUGGGUCUAAUUUAGAAGCAGCUCUCUUUGCAGAGGAGAAGGCUUAUACUUGAACAUUUGCACUGGCUCUAGUGAAUUAACUCAGUGCAGUACCCACCCGGCACGGGGAAGAGUGUUGACCGGUGUGGGAUUUGGAGCAGAGGUUGGGUGUGCCGAUGAACACGGAUGAUGCCCCCAUUCCAAAUCUCUGUAGGAGAUCUUAAGAUGAAGUCUUUACAGCCACAUGCUGGUAAUAGGAGCAGAGAGACAUGAAAUGGGGGUAGCCGGAUGUGUUCCCAGGCACCAGAAACCCCUCAAGGCUCUGGGGUCACUCUGUUGCACCUCCCACACCAAGAGGCCUGAUGCCAACUCCAUCAGGGAUUUUGUGAAAUUGUUCCUAUAAUUUCCACUUAUCUUUAAACAGCUACUGUGUGUUUUAAAGAAAAACCAGUGCUUGUUUUUUGUCAUGCCUGUAAUGCCCAGUUAAUGUGUGCCAAAAGCAAUGUCAGGCUUCCUUGGAUACACUAUAAAAUGAUGUGCAGGGAGGGGAAAGAGGAACGUUGCCCCUUCCCCCCCCCUCUUGCUUUUGUUCCCAUCUGCCUUACAUUGCCCAGCACCGCACUGCCUGCAGUCCUCGAUGCAGGGUUCACGCAGUGGUGAGCAUGGGGGUAAAGAUGCCAGCAGCGGACUAGGCUUACUUUCCCCUGUAUCUGCUCUGUUUUGUUCAUCAGCGUAUAAAACCGAUUGCAGCUAUUACAGUCUUGGAUUUGGGAAUGAGGACAGCACAGAAGAUUGUGCCAAAAUAAAAUAAAUAUAUCAAUACUAUUUGUGGGUGGGUGGGGGAGUUUGUCUUUUAACAGAUUUUGGCUUAGAGCUGCCUCCUAGCCCACUUUUUGUCUGCAGGCACAGUGACAAGAAAGUUGUGAUUUGUUUGCUUUUUGUAAUGCCUGGGAAAAGCGGGAGAAUGAGCCUUUAGGGAUUUCUCCAGAACAGCCAUUGUAACCUAUAGUAUUCUGCUAAGUUUUGUUUAUCCAGAAUGCUUGGCAAAUUAUAGGAGCCUGAUAAAACAGCUGUCUGCCGUGCUCUGCAUUAGUACUACUAAAACCUGCUCAAGCACUCCUCUUCAGCAGGAACGGUCUUGGAUUUGAUCAAUGUCAAGCAAAACUUGGGGUUGCUGCAAUUUAGUGGCAGAGUUGUUGGACUCCUGAGUAGAUAAAUAAAUAAAAAUGGAAUGAAGUGA